GUGGUUUAAUUGUCAACAAGCGUGAUCUUAUUCACCAUGAAAGUGAAGUCUGUGAAUUCCGAAAGUUGAAGUGUCACUCGUGCGGAGAAAUGACGAAAACUUUGGCAGAUAUGGAGGAAAGAAUGGCGAAUAUCGAGAAGAAUAUCGAGAAGAAUAAUACAACAGUUGAAACUAAAAUAACAAAUUUAGAAAGAAAAAUAGACAAAAACACGGCAGAAACGGAAGGAAAACUCGAAGCGGUUAACAACAAUGUCGACGGAUUGAAAACAGCUCUGAUCCAAGCUUUUAAUGAAAUGAAGGACGUUCUCAUCACGAAAGAGGGUAAGAAGGAAGAAAACUCACGAAAAAUAAUAAAUAAACCAAGUGGUGAUAAGGAAAAUAUAAUUGUUGCUGGAGGUUCAAGAACUAACUCUGUAGAGAUGUUUAAUUGGCGUCAAAGAACAUGGUCGCCAUUACAACCAAUGCCAAAGAAUCGGUGGGCAGCGACUUCGUUUAUUUAUAAGAAUCAUAUGACUAUAGCUGGGGGUUGCUGUGAUCAGAAUGAAAUUGUUCUUAAUUCGAUUGGAAUGAAUAUUGACCCAAACCCUGAUCUUUUAACACACUGGAGUUAUUGUCCUUUCACAGUACCUAAGUUGUGGUACAAAAACAGUGUGCUGUAUAUUGAUCAGUUAAUGGUUUUAGGUGCUAGUGACUUGAUCAUCAGAGCAGUCCAGCUCGUUCCUCCCUAUACUGUGAAGACCUUAUCAAGAAUACCAGAACCAAGAUACAAUCACAGCAUGAAAAUAUUUGAUGAUAAUUUGUUGAUAGUUGGUGGAAGUUUACCUGGCGGAUGCAAAGACAACCUCAGCAUUGUCGUGCUGUACGAUAUAAAGAAGAAUGAGCUGAAGCAGUUGUCACCACUGCCGUAUAAAGUGAGUGAUAUGGCAACUGUGAGAUGGGGAGACAACAUCGUUGUUAUUGGUGGCGUUGACAAACAUGGCAAUGAAUUAGAUACAGUUAUCAUUUACAAUGUCGAGACAGAACAAAGUCACAUGCUGCCAUCAAUGAGAUGUAAGAGGAGGGGAUGUACUGCAGUUGUUAUUGAAAACAACAUUGUAGUCCUGGGAGGGUUGGGUGAACAAGGUGACCUGAAGUCAGUUGAAGGUUUCAACUUUGAAAGGUAUUCUUGGGAAGAACUUCCAGAAAUGUCUGAAGCAAGAUGCUGGCACACUGCUGUUGUUGUGUGAACGAUAUAAGAAUGUUGAACUCAUCAAUUAUUUGGUUUGUUCAUUGACAAUAAUCAUAUCACGAAGCAAUAGACUACAGGACUAAUAAUACCUGAUAAAUUGCAUUAAAAUAGACUAGAAUAUACCUUGAAAAAUACCAAUGAUUGAAAGUCAUGUACGAAUGAUUAAAAAGAAAUAAAUUGCCAGCGAAUAA